GGCACCACGAUAGCAGACGUAAAACCCGGCUUUGGGGUACGGUGGUUGUGGAGACCCGUGGAUUCUUAGACCGUGGAUGUCUUCUUAGUGUCAGAUUAGCGUGUGUUUGUUUUAAUUUACAGAAAGCUAAAAUUAAUACGAACUUUAACGCAUUAGAGUAAUUAGAGUCUGGCUUUUAAUUCUAAAAACAGAAAUAGGGUAGACCGUGUGUUCUAGUUCAGACAUUUAUGAAACUACCAAUAACGCGAACACUAUGAACAAUCAGAAUAGUAAACAAUCGAGUUUGUUUUCUUUUGUGGAUCGUAAUCACGUGAUCACAGCGCCGAUGCUCGUGUCCUGUUAACGGCAGCAGUAGCAGACGACUUAUCUGUAGCAGACACUGGACAUGUACGACCAGGAGCUCGACCCUAACGCCCCUUACGAUAACGUCGAAUUCCCCGUCCGGAAACCAGGCACGGGCACCUGGCCAGGCCCUGCGUCGUCUGGGAGUUCAACCAGUGCAGGGCCAUCUGUUAAGCUCUUCGGCCACCAGACGACAGGCCGCGGGGGCGGGGGUUCCAAACUCGCACCACUUGUAGAGGUCGAGGGGUCGGAAGGGGGAGACGGCAUCAUAAAGAUACACAACUUGGGCAUCACCUCGCAGACGACAGCAUCGGGCUCUUACACGCCCGGCUCCUACACAUCUGGCUCGUACACAUCCGGCUCCAGCACAUCCGGCUCCUACACAGCUGGCUCCUACACGCAGCAACAACACACCAGCCCUGGCAAGGUUAGUACCAUGACUGUGACGUCACAGAGCGCGCCUACUGCGUCACAGGGUAAUGGGCUUGUAGGCGAGGCUAACACAAACUCAACCAAACAGACUACCUCCAACGCCUCAACCGCCGGCACUGAGAUGACGUCACUGGCAGCCUUCCCCACAGCGACGACGACCACCACCACGACAACAACAACGCAGUCCUCGUCCGCGUCGGCCAAGCAGACGACCGCGGAGAAGACGGGCCGGCCGAUGAUCACGCUGCCCAACGACGGCAACACGUACGUGGCCACACAGGUCGCACCGAGUGAAACUCUCCGCAAAAAGACCACCAAGCAGGUAGAAAACGAGGAGGAAGACUUCAAACGUCAGGAUUUGAACCCAGGGGCCCGCCUGGCGCUGGAACGGGUCUACACCCAACACCCAGACUUCUACCAGCUCAACACCAAAGUGCUGGACGAGGGCAGCCUGCUCAAGCAAGAUGUGCUGGACAUCUACAGGAAAACUGGCGAGACGCUGACCUACGAGCAGCUCUUACAAGGUAUGCUGGUGGACGGUGAGCGGUUCCUGCUGGGCAGCUGUUGGCUGUACUACACGCACGUGCAGUUCUUAGAUGUCGAGGGCACGAGAACUCUACGAGAGCCCUACGGGAGAGGGCGAGUGGGGCUCACGAGCAAGAGGGCCCUAUUCUUGUCCACUGAAACCUACACAGACGCUAAUGUUGAGCAGUUCGAAGACCCAACCAAAAAGACGGACAAGCUGGGCUACAAGCUGGAGGUCUCCAAGCGCAGCACCAUCACCUUCAAGAACAUCCCCCUCAGCAACUUCCACAGCGCUGAGAUGGAGGUGGUCACGGGCACGGCGGCCCAGACAAAAAUCACCAAGAAGAUUGGUUGCUGCGCAUGCCUAGGGCUACCAACCAGCAAGUGGGUCGCCACACCCCCCAUGACCAGAUCCAUCAACGCCCGCGUCCUGCGGGUGGGCGUGUCCAUGCCGCCCUGGCAGACCCGGAUGUUCCUAGACAUCCACCUGGACCCCUCCAUGUCACUCACCGUGGCCCGAGACUUCAUUUCCCAGCUGCACUCGUUUGCCCCCCACAUGCAUUAGCCUCAUCUAUAGACUAGAACUUUGAUCAUUGUCACAUGUCGCGGUGUUUAGAGUAAGGACAACAUUGCAGUGUGGUUGUGUGUACGUUAUUUUUGUUUUGAUUUGAUACAACACACUCA